AUGACGGGCCUCGGCUCCGAUGUCAACCAUCGCUUUGCGCGUGCCUACUGGUACAUUACAGCCACGGUUGUUGGAUCACUCAUGGUGGUUCGCGGCAUCAACCACGUUGGCGCUGUAAAAAGACUCAAAGCUGCUCGCUCCCAGUCAACCCCCCAUUCAACUCGUCCCGAUGGCCCCCUCACCCAGUCCUGGGCCACCGCAACCGCCAUGAUCCGCGAAAUGAGCCAUCCCCAGCUCUUCGUCCCCCUCCGCCACUUCACCUGGCUCACGCCCCCUCCCCUGGGCCGCGUCCUCGUCCUUCUCUGCUACUGGGCCGUCAUCAUCUACUUCAUGACCUGGCGCUCCGUCAUCCACGACGUCUACUUCUGGGAGCGUAUCGGCUACCGCAACGCCUGGGUCACCCUCACGCAGCUCCCGAUGCUGUUCCUCCUGUCCACAAAGGUCAACGUCAUCGGCUUCCUCGUCGGGACGAGCCACGAGCGUCUCAACUGGCUGCAUCGCUGGGUGGCGCGCACAAUGUUUGUCACCUGCACCGUCCACGGCUUCAACUUCUGGACCGAGUGGGUGCGCGCCGACUUUGUCGAGCUCGAACUGGAAAUCAUGCCCAUGGUCAAGUACGGCCUCGGCGCCUGGGCCAUUCUGCUGUGGAACGUCGUCGUCGGCUUCGUGCCCAUUCGAAGGAUCGCGUAUGAGCUCUGGGUCCUGCAGCACGUUGCCUCCUCCAUCGUCAUGUUGGUGCUCGUCUACCUGCACAUUCCCACCAACGCCCGCUUCCUCUUCUGGCUGGCCGUCUCGUUCCUCGUCUUCGACCGCGCCGCACGCUGGGCGCUUCUCCUGUGGCAGAACCUGAGCGUCAAGGCCGGCGGAUCGGCUUGUCAGGGCCGAAGACGAGUUGGCCAUCAGAUCUUAGCCCGAGCCGUGGGCGAUUCAACAACCGUCGUCACCAUCAAGGACGUUCACUUCGACUGGACUCCCGGCCAGCACAUCUACCUGUGGAUUCCGCGAUUGGGGCCCCUCGAGGCUCACCCGUACACCAUUGCCUGUGCGCGCAAGAUGGAGGGAACGUGUUGCUGCAACAGCAUCCAGUUGAUCCUCCGCAAGCACAAGGGCUUCUCCAAGCGCAUCCACGACUACGCCUCCAAGAAUCCCGAAGCCUCGCUCAUCGGAUUCCUCUCCAGCCCGUACGGCACGCCUCCUCGCUGGGACAUUUACGAGACAAUGGUCCUCAUCGGCGCUUCGACUGGAGCAUCCUUCACGCUGCCGCUGCUAGAAGCUGCAGCUCAGGCCGACUUUGUAGGGUGCGUCAGGCGUGUUGAAGUGCUGUUCGUCGCCAGGACAUUCAAGGAAAUCGAGUACUACGUCCAACGCGCGCAAAAAGCAGGUGAAGCCCUCAUGGAAAAGGGCGUCUCCGUCAACAUCCACGUUGCCAUCACCAACUCCGCCCUUGGCACCGACGGCCUCCCCCUCUCCCGCAACGAGAGCAUCACAUCCCAAAUCUCCGCCAUCUCUCGGGCCAGCAACACCAGCUCCGAGCUCGAAGAGCCCAUCAAGGGAGCCGAGAAGUCAUCCUGCUGCUGCGACAACAAGGACCCCGGCCCCGCUGCCAGCGAUGAAAAGGCCCCCCCGCCAAGCCUCCCCGUCAUCCGCGAAUACACCACCCGCCCCAGCAUCGAGCAGCUGAUCCGGCAGCCCGUUGAAGCGGCCUACGGUGAGACUGCUGUUGUCGUCUGCGGAGGGCCCGAGAUUGUCGCGUCGACGCGCAACCGCGUGAGCAGGCUGAGUGACGAGCGAGCGGUGCACAAGGGGACGGGAGCUCAGGGCAUUUAUCUGCAUGUCGAAGAGUAUUCUUUUUAA